AUGUCGUCGUCCUCGCGCGUCGAUCCGGCCGCGGCCGAGGACGCGCCCGCGCCCGCCGCCGCCGCCGCGGAGUCGUACGACGCGCAGCUCGCGGCGAUGAAAUCCAUGCGCGCGCGCGGCGCGAGCGCGGACGAGAUGCGCGCCGCGGCGGCGAAGUUGAACCACCUCAAGCGCGCGCUCUUCGUGCCGCGGUACACGUCGUCGAGAAAGACUACCAAGCUGGAGAAGUCAUCGUCGACGCCGCGCCGCCGCGCGAUGCAAGGCCCGCGCGUCCGAUGCCCCGCGUGCGGGCACGACGUGAAGGCGUCGCACCCGGACCAGUUCCGGCACCACGUCGCGAAGUGCUGCCCGGACGCGGUACGCGUCGUCCCGAAGGACGCGUGGACGGAUCCCGCCGUCGCCGCGGACGCGAUGGCGACGCGCGAGUCGACGCUCGCGGAGGAGGCGAAACUGCUCGCGUACGGGCCGGAGAAGCUGGCGUCCCUGGACGAUGUCGCGGCGGCGCUCGAGCUGACGCCGCGGCGGCUCAGGCUGUUGCUUCGGCGCGCGUCGCUCGCGGUGCCGCUCGUCGCGGACGAGGAGAGAUUGGAGGUGAUACACGAGGACGACGCGAUUCUCGUCGUGAACAAACCUCCGGGGUUGAGGUUCCACCCGGUGCAUCGGUUCGAAGGGAACUCGCUCCUGUCGCGGUGCAUCGGGCACAUACGGCGGCGGCGGCGGCGACGACGACGCGCGAGCGACGACGGGGGUGAAGACGGGGGCGAAGACGCGGACGCGGACGGGGAAGAGAAAGUCGACGACGACGAAGACGCCCACGCCGACGACAUGCCGCACAUCGUCCAUCGGCUGGACAUGGACACCUCCGGCGUGUGCGUGUUCGUGAAGGAUAAGUCCUUGGUCGACGGUUUCGCGCGGCAGUUCCGAGGUGACGACGCCGGGGUGAAGAAGGAGUACGUCGCCCUCGCGGUCGGGACCGUGCCCAGAGGCGAUGUCGUCGCGUUCUCAUCAGAAGCGGAGGAGGUCCGCGACGACGACGACGACGCCGCCGCCGCCGCCGCCGCCGCCGCCGUCGGCCGCGCGUUCGUCGUAGACGCGCACAUCGGCGACCACGCGACGAUGCCGGAGGCGCGCGCGGUGCAUCCCCCACCUCUCGUCGCGUCCACGACGCGCGCGACCGACCCGAGCGCGGACGCGAGCGCGCCGAAACCGGCGACGACGGCGUGCGUCGUGUCGUCGUCGGCGGCGGCGCGCGACGGUCUCGUCGCGGCGCUCGUGCGAUGCGCGCCUCGCACCGGACGCACGCAUCAGAUUCGACUGCACCUCGCGCUGGCGAACUUGCCGAUCUUGUCCGACCCGCUGUACGGCCCGCACGUCAGGUUCGGCGGCGCGGCGAUGGCGGAGAACGCGCGAGGGAAGGCGGGCGGAGAGGAGGAGGACGGCGGCGGCGGCGGCGAUCGCGGGUACUUCGCGGCGGAGCUGGAGGGGUAUUGGGGCGGCGACCUGUGGCUCGGGAGACAGGCCCUGCACGCGGCGUCGCUGACGGUUCGGCAUCCGAAAACGGACGUGUCGAUGACGUUUCGCGCGCCGCUGCCGGAGGACAUGCGACGCGCGUGCGUCGCGUUAGGCGUAGACCCGGACGCGUAGUGAUGAGGAAUGUACUUUUACAAACAUUCAUUC